AUGCCAGACACAUCUGAAGUAUGGACUUAUUUCACGCGCUCUGUUGAAAAUAAAUCUGUCACGUGCAAACUAUGCAGUGUGAGGUUGUCGUACAUGGGCACGACUACUAAUCUCUGGAAUCACGUGAAGGCUAAGCAUCCGAGUUCUCAAAGUGAAAGCAGCAAACAGCAAUCAAUGAAAAGGUUUACCGUUUCUGGUCUUAAACAUGAUUUGUGUUCAGAGGAAAUUACUAAGAAAGUGGUGAAUAUGGUGGUGACGGAUUACUUGCCCAUAAGCAUCGUGGAGUCUCAGGGUUUCCGUGACCUUCUGGCUUAUGUCGCUCCCAGUUAUUCUGUACCACGUCGAACUACUAUUCGCUCCAGAAUCAUGGCUCGGUAUGACGAGGAAAGGGCUGCCCUCGCCGAGCGCCUGGAGUCCGUCCCAAUUACUUCUAUAACGACGGACACAUGGACAUCAAAUGCAACCGACAGCUAUAUCACAGUGACCGAGCACCAUGUAACCGCAGACUGGGAGAUCGAAUUCAAUGUUCUUAUGACCCGCGAGAUGCCUGAGCGUCAUACCGGAGAUAAUCUGGCACUGCGUCUACAAGGAUGUGCGUCCGAGUUUGGUAUCUCGGGUCGCAUUAACACAUGCGUGCAUGAUAACGCCCGCAACAUGGAGCGCGCGGAGACAGAGUGUGACUUGGGCAGCCUUGGGUGCUUUGGGCACACACUGCAGCUGUCCAUCAAGUCGGCAUUUGCUCUCCCGGAUGUCAACAGGGUCGUCUCCAGAUGUCGUAAGCUGGUCGGGCACAUCAAACACUCGACUACAUUGAUGGCCGAGAUGCGCAAGCGCCAUGCUACUCCAAAGGUGCCCAAACACGAGCUGAUGCAGGAUGUUACAACCCGAUGGAACAGCACGCAUGCCAUGCUGGCCCGGCUACACGAGCAACGCCGCGUCCUGUCCGACCUCAUGCUGGACACUCGGGUUACCCGGAAGGCCGACCAGCACCUGUCGUUGAAGGACGGCGAGUGGACCGUCGUCUCCGAGCUGAGCGAUGUACUCAGUCAUUUGACUGUGACGACUUCGUAUAUGUCAACGGAGAAGAACGUGUCAUGCAGUGAAGUUUAUCCCAUCGUGACAAGUCUUCUCGACAACACACUCCGUGCAUGCGAGGCUGAUUCCCAUGUCGUCAAGGAAGUGAAGGGUGUCAUUGCAGCUGACCUUCGUCGCCGCUUCCGGCCUUCGAACGAAGCCACCGCCACAUCCACCCCAGUCCUUGCCGCUCUAUUAGACCCCCGCUACAAGGACCUGGACUUCCUGUCAACGGAACAGCGGCGCUACACCGAAGACGCGCUCGAGAGCAGAUUGGACGAUGUUCCACUUCGGUUGCCAACCCCUGAUGAGAGUGCGUCAACACCUUCCAAACGACCCCGUCUUAGCUUCAUGGUUCCAAAGAUGACCAAGACGGCUAACGAACCUUCCGACGAGGAGGCCACGCCAUUUGCAUGGUGA